UUUAGUUUACAUGUCGUACGUUACAUGCUCAACGACACCGUUCGCAUUUCCUCUCCCACAGGCCACAACUCCCAAACCCUUGAACCCUCGAACGCCAAAUCCAAAGAAACGCGACCAAAGGAAGCUCUCUAGAGCAACAAUGGAGGAGGCCGAAAAGGACCAAAAUGACCAGAACAAGAUCGAAGCCCUUCCCCAACCUCUCUCGAAGAACGCCCAGAAGAAGCUCCUGAAGCAACAGAGGUUCGAAGCAAAGAAAGCGGAAAAGAAGGCUCAAAUAAAGGAACAGAAGCGAAAGGAUGCGGAGAGGAGGCGAAAGGAGUGGGACGACACGCUGGUUGCAGCGAGCGAGGAGGAAAGGCAGAGGCUGAUCGAGUCGCGGAGGGAGGUCAAGAAGGAGCGGAUGGAGAAGAGGUCAGAGGAACGAGAGCGGAAGAUCGAGAGGCUCAUGAAAGCCAAAGAAAUUGGACAGAAGAUUGUGAUCGAUCUCGAGUUCUCGCAUCUCAUGAGCGCCACCGAGAUCCACAGCCUAAUGCAGCAGAUUAUGUAUUGUUAUGCAGUAAAUGGACGAUGUACUUCUCCUGGUCAUCUUUGGUUGACUGGAUGCAGGGGGGAAAUGGAGCAGCAACUUCAAAAGAUCCCAGGGUUUGAGAAAUGGAUAAUUGAGAAGGAAAGUCAAUCAUAUAUUGAAGCAUUGCAAGAUCAGAAGCAAAAUCUUGUAUAUCUGACUGCAGAUUCUGUAAAUGUGCUAGAUGAACUUGCUUCAGAAAAGAUAUAUAUCAUUGGUGGUUUAGUGGAUCGGAAUCGGUGGAAAGGGAUAACCAUGAAGAAAGCUGAAGAACAGGGAAUCCAGACAGCGAAACUCCCCAUAGGAGAUUUCUUGAAGAUGUCGAGUUCUCAGGUCCUCACUGUAAACCAAGUGAUUGAGAUACUCCUUACAUUUUUGGAAACAAGAGAUUGGAAGGCUUCAUUCUUUCAGGUGAUUCCUCAGCGGAAAAGAUGCGAAUCUGACGCAGAAGAAAAUCAAGGAGCCAAUGAGGGAGGUUGUGAGAUCAACGAAGAUCGAGGUGAGAUAAAAAAGCAGUGCACUGAAGCACCUUUGUCUGACUAGAAGAGUCUUACCAACUAACUGAAACUUUUGCCCCAUUUUGAACCUUCCAAGCUUUUUAAUGGCCUUGGUAGACUCUUACUGUCUCAGUGUAUCUGGAAAACUUAGUAGAUAACAGGGAUUCGUUCUUACAAGGAGCGUCAUAUUUUCAGUGCUCACUAUGUAUUCCAUUUGGUGCAAGUUUAAUCAAAUGAUUCCUUGAGCUUGA